CUAGCACUUAACAUUGUUGAACAAUAGUCAUUUAAAAAAGGCUGAAGAUCAUUUCACAAUUGUUAUUUUUCGUCUAGUUGAUUGGGUAAACGUACUUAAUUAAGUUAUUGUUGGAAGCUGGCUAAACAUAACAUAAUUAUAAUAUCAUUACAACAACAAUUACAUUUUUUUUUUGAGAUUUAUUCGUUUGCUAUCUCCGAUGGAUGUAACAAACAUGUCUGGUAUUAACCAUGGGUCCUUAUACUUGUAAAGAGUGUUCAUCUUUGCAGACAAUGGAACAGAGUCACACUACAGUAAUAUCAAAUUCUUUAUCCAAUGGCAUGUCAAUGCAUAAGAACCAUUUUAAUGGUAAAAUCCCACCUAUGCCAUGGUUUGGUAUGGAUAUAGGUGGAACAUUAUCGAAACUUGUAUUUUUCGAACCAAAAGAUUCGAUUACAGCACAAACAGAAGAUGAAACUCAACUCUUGUUUAAUGUUACCAAAUAUUUGACGAAGAAUUCGGCUUACGGAAAAUCUGGACAUAGAGAUGCACACCAACAGAUGAACAAUGUAAAAAUUUGCAAUAGGAUAGGUACAUUACAUUUCAUCAGAUUCCCAACUAGUGAAAUGAACAAUUUUUUGGAAUUGUCCAAGAAGAAAGGUAUGGCAGCUAGCGUAUCUACAGUUUGCGCUACUGGUGGUGGAGCAUUCAAAUUUGAAGAAAUGUUUAAAAAUGAAUUAAAUUUAAAGUUGUGUAAAUGCGAUGAACUGGAUAGCUUAAUUCGUGGCUUAUUAUUUACAGUAGCUUCAAACAAUAAUGAAUGUUAUUUUUGGUCACAAUGUACUGAAGACGAGCAGUGUUCAACACAAGAAUACACAUUCCAGUAUAAUAAAUAUCCGUUUAUUGUUGUGAAUAUAGGUUCUGGUGUAAGUGUAUUGGCAGUUUAUGGUCCAAAUAAUUAUAAGAGAAUAUCUGGAACGAGUAUAGGAGGUGGUACAUUUUUGGGAUUAUGUAGUUUAUUGACUGGAUGUAAUACAUUUGAUGAGGCAAUUGAAUUGGCCGCAAAUGGUGAUAAUGUUAAAGUUGAUAAAUUGGUUCGAGAUAUCUAUGGGGGUAGUUAUAGUAGAUUUGGGCUGCCGGGAGAACUAGUUGCUAGCAGUUUUGGACAUAUGAACUCUAAAGAGAAACGUGCCCAGGUUUCUAGAGAAGAUUUAGCUAGAGCGACCUUAGUUACAAUUACAAACAACAUUGCAUCGAUUGCAAGAAUGUGUGCAUUAAAUGAAAGAAUUGAUAGAGUGUGUUUUGUUGGAAAUUUUUUGCGUGUAAAUCCAAUAUCAAUGAAAUUAUUAUCACAUGCUAUGGAUUAUUGGUCAAAUGGUUCGCAGAAAGCUAUAUUUUUAAAUCAUGAGGGCUACUUUGGUGCAAUUGGAUGUUUGUUGUCAUUUGAUGAGAGAUUUAAAGAGUAACAAAAUAUUAUUUAACACAUUCCACGUUGCCAAUUCAUUUUGAUUUAGCAGGUUAUGUGUACUGUAUAGUACAUUAUGAAUAUUUAAUAAUUAUUCGUAUUGUACUGACCCGGUUAGAAAUUAUUAAUUAAUAUUAAUUUAUUUUAUUUUUAAGACAGCGCAUUGCACAUUGGUAAUUUAUUUUGGUGAUGUGUUUAUUUUUUUAAUUUAUAAGAUAGAAUAGUAGUUCCAUUGGUAUGAUUAGUUACCUGUCCUACAAAAUUUAUUAUUUAUUCUCCAAAAAUUGUGUUGAAGUUCAUUGUUCUAUUAUUGUUUUUGUCUUUAUAUAUAUUUUAUUUUAUUUUGUAUAUUUUACAACGAAAAAUUAUGUACAAAUUUCAUAUGAUAAUACUACACAAAAAUGUGAUAAAAUAUUAAAUACAUUUUUUCAUAUUACUUUUAUUUAAAAUAUUUUUAACCAGAUUAAAAUUUUGUACUCAAUUUUUAUAAAUUUAGAUGUUAUUAAAUUAUAUUAUUGUAUUAUCAUAAUAAAUUAUUGUUGUAAUAAAUGAAAUUGAUUAUAUUAUGAACUAUGAAGUAAUAUUCAACAAAGUACUUACAUGUACCAACUACCAAGUAUUAAAUUAAACCAUAUAGGUUAAAUUAAUAGGAGGGAUAAUUUAUCAAAAUUUAUUUUGUGUUGUAGUUCAUUAAUAGCAGUAGCGAUUUUGACAAAAAUCCAAGGGGAGGUGUUAAUUUAGUACUAUAGCACAAAAACAUUGUUUUUUUAUACUCUCCAAGCAUACUUAACUUUUUAUUAUUGUUGUAUUUUAAUUUUUUUUAUAAAAUU